ACUCAACAGAAGGACCUGAACGAUGGCCGAGGGGGAAGUCAACUAUGCCUCAGUUAUAUUCAAAACUAACAAACUUUUCCCACCUGAAGCUAAAAAGGAGGAGGAAGCUGUGUACAAUGAAGUCAAGGUGCAAAGCAAAACAACCGAAAAGACUGCUGACACAAACGCUAAAAAGGAGGAUCAAACUGUGUACGAUAAUGUGAAGGAGCAAAGCGAAACAAGCAAACAGACUGCUGACAUAAACUUCUCAGCAGGACUUUUGCCAGACAAGAAAACAAACAGCAGAGGUCGCUGCUAUCAGCAGGUGGCUUGUUGUUUGGGGAUUCUUUGUGUCAUUUUGCUGUUGGGCAUCAUAGCAGUCUGUGUCUACAUUGCUACAUUAAUUCAUGAAAGUGAGCUGAACCAGCUGAAAGAAAACCAAAUGAUUCUACUGGCUCUCAAUGGAAACCUGACAAACCAGAACAACAAACUCAGCUCAGAAAAUGAAAACCUGAGGAGGGAACACAACAAUCUGAGAGUCCAGUUGGAGAACCUGACACAAGCCUAUACUGUCUUAAAAAGUAACAUCACAAACCUGUCUGCAGAAAACCAGAACCUGACAUCACAAAACACCAAGCUGUCUGCAGAAAACCAGGACCUGACAUCACAAAAAAUGAAGCUGGAGACAGAGAGGAAAAACUUAACGGAACAGAUACGGAACAUGGAGACAAAGUGGAAUGAGCUCAACGUCAGUCGAGCUCAGUGGAGCAUUGAUGCCUACUGCCCAAAACCACAAAACCAAAACAGACAGUGUAAAGCUUGUCAGGAUGGCUGGUUACCCUCACAGUCCAGCUGCUAUGAGAUUAAUAACCCUGAUGUUUCUGGUCAGAAAACCUGGGAAGAAGCUCGAGAAGACUGCACAGGAAAGAUUUCAGAUCUGGUUGUUAUAGCUGAUCAAACGGAGAAGACAUUCAUCAGUAAUAACAGUUGGAGCAGUUCAGGAACCAAGGGAUACUGGAUUGGUCUGAGAGCUGAAGAUGGGAAAUGGAAGUGGGUCGAUGGAAGUGUUCUGACUGAAAACUCCUGGAUACAACAACCUGCUACCAACGGUCAGUGUGCAAUUUCUGUAGAGAAAGAAGGAUGGAAAUCAGUGAGCUGUGGUGCCAGAAACAGAUGGAUCUGCAAAAAGAAGGCUUUAUCUCUUUAAACACUGCAGUCAUACAACUGACUUGUACUUCACAAAAAAAUAAUAAUAAUGUAAUUUUUAUAGCUAAAAGGAAACGAUUUAAUCAAAGUGAAUAAUUUUUCAAACGUGUACAGUCCCAAAUUGUCCUGUGUCUGUCUAACAGGGAUGCUACUAUAUCAAAAACACAAAUGUAUGCCAAUGCACAGCAGAGUACAGGGUAGAUAGAUUUUCUUAAAAUAUUAUGACUUUAUUCUCAUUAGAUUGCGACUUCAUUCUUGUAAUAUAACUUUUUUCUCAAAUUAUUACAACUUUAUUCUUGAAAUGUCAGAGAACAGAUAUAUGGGAGAUUUUGAAUGUGCAGAAAGAUUUUAACAUGAACAUAAAACUUGCUGAAACACAGGAGCUAAAGUUCAGGGGUUUAUCAAUGAAUUUUUAUUAAUUGUUGACGUGAAUAUGUGCCACAUGCUAAUUCUUUUAGAGAUUACUUCCCCGAACAAAAGACACAAAAGAGGAGGGAAGACUAAUUAUUCCUACAUGUACUGACUCAGCAGGGAUGAUAUCAAAUGAGAAAAGUUGAUCUCAAGGGCAUCACUUUGUGUUGAAAAGUGGUGGGGACUGAGGGGCUCAGAUUAGGGCUGUGGAGAGACACUUGUGAGACACCACGAAACGCGAUAUUAGUUUCACAAGAACGAGAGGGAAAGUUCCUUAAUCAGUGUUUUAAAGAUAU